UUAAGCACUGUUGGAGAAAUGGAGAAUUCAUUUACAAGUUAAUGCAUCAGCUGAUCCUGGACCUAGGAUUUCCUCAGUCUGUGAGAGAACACACAACAUGCCUUCUGAACAGCCACGUCAGGAUCCUAAAGUGAAAGAGUUCUUUUAUAAUGUUCGACAUCUGGAAUGUUCAAGAGUGAAGAGACUGUUGAAGGAAAAAACUAUUUCUCCGGAUAUCCAAGACAAGCACUGUGAGCUUCUGCCCACAGCUUUGAACAUUGCGGCUGAGCUGAACAGUGCAGAAAUGGCUCAAGUGUUGAUUGCUGCCAAACCCAAACCAGCAGACGUUAACGCAGUCACUGCUGAUGACAGAAGACCUAUAUGGUGGGCAGCUAAACAUGGCAAUAAGGAACUGGCAGGUGUUCUUUUAAGAGGUGGACAGUGUGAGGUCAAUGUCAUAGACAAGGCUUCAGGCUGCAGCCCUCUGUUCCGUGCAGUGAUGAGCAACAGUGCAGAGGUUGUUCAACAGAUCAUCAAUGCAGGCGGGGAUGUUAAUCAGAGAAGACUAGGAGUCAACGUGGGAUUUGAAACACCACUCAUAAAGGCUGUACAGUUAAACAAUAAAGAAAUCUGCGAAUGUCUCAUCAACUCUCUCUGUAACAUCCAAGCAAAAACUGAGGUUGGUCUGACAGCUCUCCACUUUGCGGUGGCGUACAACCGUUAUGAGAUCUGCGAACUCUUGUUGCAGAACCGGAUCAAAAUCAACGUAGCUACCAAAUACGGUGUGACGGCAAUGACUGUUGCAAUAGAGCAUCACAAUGCCGCCAUGGUGAGUCUGCUCAUAAAGUAUGACUACAAGCUGGACAAACGCUACAAGUGGAAGGAGACGCCUCUGGAACAAGCAAUAAACAUUCAAGCUGAACAGUGUGCAAUAGCCUUGAUUCACGGAGGAUGCUGUCUGGAUCCUCACCGGGGAAAACGAUCAUACUUCUACAUGGCUGUUGAUGCAAAGAUGACUCAUGUUGUAAAACUCCUCGCUGAAAUAAAGCCUACUUAUUUAAAUGAGCAGUGGAUCCAGUCCAGACUUUGGCCCGUUUCUAUAUAUCGUCGACCCGAUAUUUGCAAAUGGUUGCUAAAGUUGAAGAAUGAACCCAAUUCUUUGAUGAAACUUUGUCGUGCAAAGAUCUUUUUUCAACUUGGAAAACAUCCUACCUCAAAGGUUUCCCUCCUGUCUCUUCCAGAAAAGUUGAAGGAAUUUCUGCAGUACACAGAUCUGAUAAACAAGAAAAUAUUUGAGCCGACUAGUACUGAUGACCAAAUGUGUCCAUAUUACUGCCCAGUCCCAUGUUCUCGUGCUGAUUGCCCAGAACUGGACAUAUCUUCUGAAUCAGAUACAGAUAUUCUUGAGUAAAAAGAAAGUUUGUUUUGUUUAACGAUACCACUAGAGCACAUUGAUUUGUUAAUGAUUAGCUAUUUG